UCAAAGGAAGCGAUCCAACAUGGCUGAUACAAAACUUUGUGGUACAUCGUGGUAGUUCGCCGUCGUGCGGCAUUUUUUCCUCAUUUUUAUAGUGUAAACUAGCGAAAAGUGAACUAAAACGUGAUUCUGAGCGUACACAAAGUGGAACGCGAUACGCGAAAGCGUUGGGCCACGAUAGGUAGUGUGCUUGCGUCGCGUUAGAGAGUGCAGAUUUUCGCAUCACCCAUCAAGGAAUGCGCGACUUGAUGCAUCAUCGCUGUCGGCAUCGAUUACAACGUUGCAUUUUCCAGCUCCAGGUAUCGUUUUGCAGCGGUCCUUGAACCCUGUGCAUCAGCUGGUCCCGUACGCGAGCACCGCGGGCUGGUGAGCAUUUCAAAACAGCGGAAAAUAGUGCAGCCGUACUUGGUUUGUGUUUUUGCGUUGUGUCAUCAGAGGAACGGAAGGGACGUUCCAAGAGGAAGCGAGAGAAGAAGCGGAACUGUUUUCUUCUUCGUAGUGAAACCGAUCGAAAGAAAACCACCUGAGUAGCAGAAUUGGUUGAAUCAAAACUGCUGAAGUAGGAAUCAAACCACCCCCGGUAAAAGCCAUGGCUGAUUUCAUCGAUUCAGAAGCAGAGGAGAGUGAGGAGGAGGAGGAGUUGGAACCACAUGAGCGCAAAAAGCUAAGGAAAAAUAAGGCCGUUUCAGACAGCGAGGAUGAAGAAGAAGAUGAUGAAGAUCGAUUGCGUGAGGAGCUGAAGGAUCUGAUCGAUGAUAACCCGAUCGAAGAGGAAAGCGAUAACGAUGAUUCGGACGAUGGAUCCGAAGGUGGCCAUCACAAGCGCAAGAAGAGUGACGAUGAGCUAGACGAUCGACUGGAGGACGACGAUUAUGAGCUGAUCGAAGAGAAUCUUGGUGUUAAGGUGGAAAGGAAACGUUUUAAGCGGUUGAAAAAGUUCACCAACGAUGAUGGCAGCGAUGGCGAAUCUGGCGAUGAGGGCAUGAUACGGGAAACGAUCGAAAAUCGGUUGUUCGAUGCGGCAUCCGAAGAUGAUGAAGAGCGGACAUCGGACCAUGAGGGCGGUCAGCGCGAUUCGAUGGCAAACGUGCGCGAACAUUACGACGAGGAAGAGGACGAAGAAUCGGAUGCGGACGAUUUCAUCGUGGAUGACGAUGGUGUACCGAUCAGCGAUAAGCGCAAGAAGCGAAGGCAUAUCUUUACCGAUGCUUCGCUCCAGGAAGGACAGGACAUCUUCGGUGUGGAUUUCGAUUACGACGAGUUUGAGAAGUAUGACGACGAAUACGAGGAGGGUUCGGAAGCGGAGGAUGAGUAUGAAGAGGAGCAGCUAGAGCAGGUGGAUCGGCCCAGCGGUGAACGGGGCAAAAAGACAAAACCGACCGCCCGCAAACGAAUGUUGAAAAAAUCCAUCUAUGAAAUUUAUGAACCGAGCGAACUGAAGCGUGGUCAUUUUACGGAUAAUGACAAUGCGAUACGUAAGCUGGAUGUCCCGGAGCGAAUGCAGCUGCGCGACGUACCGGUAACGGCAGUGCCCGAAGGUUCGAACGAGCUAGACGAGGAAGCGGAGUGGAUCUAUCAGCAAGCGUUCUGUAAGCCGCAUGUUUCCGACCAGGGUACGGUAACGCGCAAACCUCCGUCGAAUGUGCCGAAAAUCAAACAUACGCUCGAUUUUAUGCGCAACCAGCAUCUGGAGGUACCGUUCAUCGCAUUCUACCGAAAGGAGUACGUGCAGCCCGAUCUGAACAUUAACGAUUUGUGGAAGAUCUACAAGUACGACUCGAUGUGGUGUCAGCUGCUGGGACGCAAAUCUUCUCUGCAGCGGCUGUACGAAAAUAUGCGCACCUAUCAGCUGGACAAGCUGAUGGAAAAUCCGGAUGCACCGAUACCGGAGGAUAUGCGUGUGAUCCGGGAUGAGGAUUUGUCACGGUUGCGUUCGGUACAGUCGCACGAAGAGCUGAAAGAUGUGCAUCUACAUUUUCUGCUGUACUAUGCGCACGACAUCGUACCGAUGAGGACGCGGUUACGGGAAAAGUCACGUCAACAGAAUCCACUGGUAGCGAAAAAAGCGUCUGCUAAUAGAAAGAAAAAUACAGAGGAUGGAGAAGCGGAAGAGAAUGAUGCUGAAGUUGAAGAGAAUGGGGAAGAGGAUAAAGAGCAGGAGGAAGAAUAUGAGGAAAAGCAUAAAGGAGUGGAACAAGGGGUAACAGCUGGCGGCCGGGACGGUAAAGUCGAUCAGACUGGAAAGGAACGCGUACGGUUGAACAUUGAUAUUGGGCCGUAUGAGAUAUGCCGGAAGCGUGGUCUCACCGGAUUGACGAAGCGUUUUGGUUUGACGCCGGAACAGUUUGCGGAAAACGUACGCGACAGCUACCAGCGACACGAAGUCGAGCAAGAAACGAAGGAACCGCUUGAGGUUGCCAAAGAGUACAUGGGCACCACGUUCGAGUCACCGGAGGAGGUGUUGCAGGGCGGCGUUUUUAUGGUGGCGCGCCAGCUCGCACGUGAACCACUGUUUCGGAAGUGCAUCCGGGAGCUGUACUUUGAGCGUGCCAAGCUGAAUGUUCGCCCCACGAAGAAGGGUAUGAAGGAGAUCGAUGAGACGCAUCCGUGCUACACGAUGAAGUAUUUGAAAGAGAAACCGGUGCGCGAUCUGACUGGCGAUCAGUACCUCAAGCUGUACAUCGCCAAGGAAGACAAGCUGCUGACGAUGGAGUUUGUGGACCGAAUCGAGGGCAACACGUCGGGCGAUUUUCUCGAGGAACUAAAGGCACUCUACCACCGCGACGAGUUUGCAAAGAACGUGCAGGAGUGGAACAAGGUGCGGGCGGAAUGUGUCGUGCUGGCAGUGAACCGAAUGGUUAUACCGGAUUUAAAGCGCGAGCUGCACAACACGCUGUUGACCGAAGCGAAGGACGCGGUGUUGCGCGUGUGCUGUCGGAAACUUUACAACUGGAUCAAGGUGGCACCGUAUCGGCCACCGGUGCCCGAUUUUGACGAUUACGAGUGGGAAACAACACGGGGCGUACGUGUGAUGGGUGUCGCAUACGUGCCCGAUUACACGCAGUCCGCAUUCGGUGCGAUCAUCGCACCGGACGGUGAGGUAACGGACUAUCUGCGCAUACCACAUCUGUUGAAAAAGAAGAACGCGUAUCGCGAGUCGGAGAAACAAUGCAAGGAGACGGAUAUGCGCACGAUUACGAAUUUCAUUCGCAGCAAAAAGCCGCACGUGAUCGUGAUCGGUGGCGAAUCAAAGGAUGCAAUGAUGGUGCAGCAGGAUUUCGUCGAAUGCUUGAAACGGUUGCAGGAGGAAGAACAAUUUCCCCAGAUAGCAGUCGAAAUCGUGGACAACGAACUGGCAAAGGUGUACGCUAAUUCGAUCAAGGGUACGAGUGAUUUUAAGGAGUAUCCACCAUUGCUCCGGCAGGCCAUAUCGAUUGCACGCCGAGUCCAAGACCCGCUGGUAGAGUUUUCCCAGCUGUGCAACUCGGACGAGGAAAUACUUUGUCUGCGCUACCAUACGCUGCAGGACCAGCUUACAAAAGAGGAACUGUUGGAAAACAUUCAGCUAGAGUUUAUCAAUCGCACCAACGAGGUGGGCGUGGAUGUGAAUCUGGCAGUGCAGAAUCCACUGACGGCGAACUUGGUACAGUUUAUCUGUGGAUUGGGUCCGCGCAAAGGUCAAACCAUGCUAAAAUUAUUAAAGCAAACCAACUCACGGCUAGAGAACCGAACACAGCUCGUUACGACGUGUCACAUGGGUCCGAAGGUGUUUAUCAACUGUUCCGGAUUUAUAAAGAUCGAUACAAACUCACUUGGUGACAGCACGGAAACGUACGUGGAAGUACUGGACGGAUCACGCGUGCAUCCGGAAACAUACGAGUGGGCACGUAAGAUGGCGGUCGAUGCACUGGAGUACGAUGACGAGGAAGCUAAUCCGGCCGGUGCACUGGAAGAAAUCCUAGAAGCACCCGAACGUUUGAAAGAUCUCGAUCUGGACGCGUUUGCUAUCGAGCUCGAUCGGCAGGGCUUCGGCAACAAGAGCAUCACGCUGUACGACAUCCGGGCGGAGUUGAACUCGCGCUACAAAGACCUCCGGACUCCGUUCCGCUCGGUGACGUCGGAGGAACUGUUCGAUUACCUCACGAAGGAAACACCGGAAUCACUGUACGUCGGCAAGAUGAUGCUGGCAACGGUGACCGGCUUUACCUACCGAAAACCGCAAGGCGAACAACUCGACCAAGCGAAUCCGGUGCGCAACGAUGAGACUGGCUUCUGGCAGUGUCCGUUCUGUAUGAAAACCGAAUUUCCCGAGCUGUCCGAGGUGUGGAAUCACUUCGAUGCGGGUGAGUGUCCGGGCCAGGCGACGGGCGUACGGGUACGCUUCGAUAAUGGGCUGAAUGGAUUCAUCCACAUCAAGAAUCUGUCGGACAAGCACGUAAAGAACCCGGAGGAGCGUGUACAGAUCGGGCAGACGGUGCACGUGCGCGUAACGAAGAUCGACAUUGAGCGGUUUUCACUGGAAUGUUCCUCGAAAAGCUCGGAUCUGUGCGAUCGCAAGCAGGAGUGGCGGCCGCGGAAAGAUACGUGCUACGAUCAGGAAGCGGAAGAGUCGGACUCGAGGAAAGAAGCCGACUCGAAGAAGCAACAGGCACGGCAGCAGUACGUGAAGCGCGUGAUUGUGCAUCCGUCCUUUCACAACAUCUCAUAUGCGGAGGCGUUGAAGCUGUUGGAAGGUUACGAUCAGGGCGAUGUGAUUGUGCGACCGUCGAGCAAGGGUUCCGACCAUCUGACAGCAACAUGGAAAGUAACGGACGAUAUCUACCAGCACAUCGAUGUGCGCGAGGAGGGCAAAGAGAACGUGUUCAGUCUCGGAUCCACGUUGUGGAUCGGUAAUGAUGAGUUUGAAGAUUUGGACGAAAUCAUCGCCCGCCACAUUACGCCGAUGGCAAUCUAUGUGCGUGAUUUGCUCAACUACAAAUACUACCGGGACACGGACGGUGGUUCGAAGGAAAAGGCGGAAGAAAUCAUCAAGGCGGAAAAGCAAAAAAAUCCCAACAAAAUCCACUAUAUCGUUUCGGUGUCGAAGACGUACCCGGGACGGUUUCUGCUGUCCUAUUUGCCGCGCAACAAAUUCCGACACGAGUACGUGACGGUUACACCCGAUGGGUACCGGUUUCGGCAUCAAACGUUCGAUUCGGUCAACUCGUUGCUCAAGUGGUUUAAGGAGCACUUCCGCGAUCCGAUACCGGUCGAUACGCCCAAGAGUACGCCCAAGGUUGGAGGCAUGUCGUCCCGCACACCGUACGGCAGCACGCCCAAGUUUAGCGAUAUUAAUAGUGAAACAAUUGAGUCGGUUGCGAAAAAUAUGCCUUCGCAUAUGCUGAAUUCCUUAUCGGCCGCGGCACACCGCACGCCCCAUUAUUCCUUCACGCCACUCGAGUAUGGCUCGAGCAAUUUUGUGACUACGCCCUACACACCGAGCGGACAGACACCGUACAUGACGCCCUACCAGCAAACGCCCCACUUCUCCCAAACGCCCCGUUACGGUACCUCAACACCGUCCCAGUACUCCAACAAAUCCUCCUACACCGGUAUUCCGACCGGGCAUCCGCCACCCUCCGCCAGUCACCACGGGUACAAAUCGUCAUCCUCCGCACGUGGUAUGAGCGGUACUAGCAGUGCGGCCAGCAGUAGCAGCAGCGGCCUUAUGAUGAUGCAGCAACCCUCACCGUACUCUAACAGCAGUGACCAUCACUACCGCUCACAGUCGUCGUCACAGCAGCAGAUGCACCAUUCGCGCAACAGCGAGUAUGACAGCUGGUCGAAGGCAACCGAUUCCUGGAGCAACCGUGGCGGUAGCAGUAUGGUGAAAGGCCACCACGGUUCAUCGGAUCGAAGUUCUAGCGGAUCGUAUCAUCAUCAUCAUCAUGGCAGCGGUGGAGGCGGUGGCAGGUCAAGUGAUUCCGUAACCUCGUCCAACUCGCACGACCAUCGCAUGACACCUAGAUCAUCCUCCAAAUAUUCGGCCAGCCGAUCACCGAUGCCGCCACCUUCACAACCACCGCCCCAGUCAGCGCCAUCCCAACCGGCCCAGACGGCAUCAUCGGCCUCGGCGUCAUUGACACUCGGCGAUGCGACGCCACUGUGGGAUGAAUAAGCUACCCAAGAAGCUGUGGCCCGCACGACUGUACUUGCUCGUCAUCUUCCAUUACGGCGGGGAGCUGUGGAAAAAAAACCCGCUCCCGGUGAAACAAUCAUCAAUCGCAUUCAACACAAAUCACGCGUCGUGUAUAGAGUGAUACAAAGGGAACUAUAGGCAGGAAACGUUGUCCAUCGACCGGUGUACGAACGGCUGAUAAAAGCGUACUUCAACUUUAUCCUACUUUUUUAUUGUAAUAAAUUGUGGAGCGGUCCAACUGUUGCAUGUUGGACUUUGGAUUCAACAAAGGUUUGCCACAUUCACGAUUCCGGAAGAAGCCAACUACGCAGAGAUCAUCAAGGACAACAACCAUCACAUCCUCCACAGUCGAUCAACUUUCGAUUGCGGUCGAUCAACUUUCGAUUGCGUCUUAAUCGUGUCCGAGUUAAGGAGAAAAAAAACGUUUAAAUUUUGUCAAUCCGCAGCACGAGCGUGUUUAGGGUGUGGAAGACGUUAGGUUAGGGCAAAUUUUUGGUAACUAUAACGCUCAUAACUGCAAACGCUUUAUCACGUGUUAACUGCAUGUUUUCCUAUGUUAUCCAGACGAAUCAACUGAUGAAUGGUAAUCAUUUAUGUUACGCGAUGAAGAUGAUGAUGAUAAUGGGCAAACAAACAUGAGUGCGAUUUUCUUGUAGUAUUAGGCUUAAUAAUUCAAACCCCUUUUGCUAGCGUUAAGGUCCUUAAUAAAAAUUAUAGACAUUUUUUUAAUAGGUA